AUGUACCUGCCAAAUGCAGGCAGGAGGUCGGGGCUCAUUGUACCAUCAUGUAACAAGUUAUUAUUCAAUCCAUUCUUUUCUACCCACCAAAUAUCCCACCAGGCACGAAAACAAUCAAGUCAAUUUUUGACUCGACCAAAGAAGGAAACGAUCAGAAAUCAUGUAUAUACAAAGGUUCCCCAACGUUUAGCCCAUGCGCAAAGAUAUCAGCCUUUUGUCCCCCCUUCGCCAGCAUCUUUGGGAAAAGCUGCCCCUCCAAAGCUAUAUCCUCGAUCCAUAAAAUGGGGACGAAGAUUACUAUAUGUCUCGGCGGCGACAGGCAUAGCCUAUCUCAUAGACACCCAAUUGUACGCAUCCUCUAUCACCAGAUCAUUGCGAACAUUCGGCCUGGGCAUAUUGGUGGCGAUCGAUUAUAAGCUUAAUUUUAGACCAAAUCCGAUUCUCGGGAAUGGAGGAUUAUACCUGAAAAUUGGACAAGCAAUUGCUAUGCAAAGUGCAGUCUUGCCUCCUGAAUUCCAGAAAAUGUUUGCGAGAAUGUUCGAUGAUGCUCCGCAGAAUGAGUGGCGCGAUGUGGAGAGGGUUAUCAGGGAGGACUUUGGAGGUAAAAGUCCAGAGGAAGUGUUUGGUGUUAGUUAUACAAAUAAGCCUGGGAGUGGAAUAAUCGAAACAAAAGCCAGAGCUUCAGCAUCUGUUGCGCAAGUUCAUUGGGCGAGGUUGGCUGAUGGGAGAGAAGUGGCAAUCAAGGUUCAGAAACGAGAGAUUGCUAGCCAAGUGGGUUGGGAUCUGUGGGCUUUCAAAGUAGUGAUGAAAGUAUACACAUACUGGUUCGACCUUCCCUUGUACAGUCUAGUGCCUUAUAUUACUGAGCGCUUAAUGCUAGAAACGGACUUUGUAAAUGAAGCGAAUAACUCAGAACAGAUGGCCGGACUAGUAGCGGGUGAACCACGAUUGAACGGCCGUGUUUAUAUUCCCAAGGUAUAUCGUGAUCUUUCCUCAAAACGAGUCAUGACGACAGAAUGGAUCGAGGGUGUACGUCUUUGGGAUAAAGAAGCUUUGACAGCUCCUUGGCUGGGUGGAUAUGGCAAAGGUUCUCCUGGAGCAAAAGGGGCCCCACUGUCAAAUCCCUCGCCAAAUAUCCUCUCAAGUAACAAUCCCAAACCCGAUCGUAGUGCGGAAUGGAGAGGUCGUAACGGCAAAGGUGGUCUAGGCCUCAGUUUGAAACAAGUCAUGACUACCAUGGUCGAUCUCUUUUCCGCACAAAUGUUCCUCUGGGGAGUUGUACAUUGCGAUCCUCAUCCAGGGAAUAUUUUUAUCCGAAGACAGCCCAACGGCCAACCAGAACUUGUCCUAAUCGAUCAUGGUCUAUACGUUUCCAUGACUCCAACUUUCCGACACCAAUACUGCCAAUUCUGGAAAGCCAUCAUGACCUUCGACAAUACCUCGCUUAACGAAAUCACUUCCGCAUGGGGUGUCAAGGCCCCCGAUCUUUUCGCAUCAGCAACUCUCAUGCGUCCAUAUGACGGUGGCGAUAACAGCACCAAAGAUCGUAUUACCAAGGAUCUCAAAGGCAAAACAGCCGCAGAGCGUCACUACGAAGUCCAAGAGAGACUCCGUCAAGGCAUCCGAGAUGUCCUUUCUGAAGAAGAAAAUUUCCCCCGUGAACUCCUCUUCAUCGGUCGCAAUAUGCGCAUUGUGCAAGGAAAUAAUCAAUUUCUCGGCUCCCCUGUUAACCGCAUCAAAAUGACGGGUUCAUGGGCAUCUCGCAGUCUGGUCGAUAGCAAGGAUUUGAGUUGGAGAGAGAGAUGGGUUAACGGGUGGAAACAUCUCCUGUUCAGAUUCGUAUUGUUGAGCACCGAUAUGGCUUUUUGGGGAAGUAAAAUUAGACAAUUGCUUGGAUGGGGCGGAGGCAUGGAGGAUGAUAUUGAGAAACAGAUGAGGUUUUUGGCGAAAGAUCAAUUCGGAGUGGAGUUGCAACAUGGUGUGUUUGAUGGAUAG